AUGAGUAGCAUUCAUAUUACUCUUUCGUUUCUCUUCUUGUUCAUUUUCAAGUUUCAAGAGCUGUUUGCGGCUCCUACUAGACACUUGUGUCGUCCUGAGCAAAGGGAUGCACUUCUCGAGUUCAAGAACGAGCUUGAGAUUCGGAAUUCUUUGUUUGAUAUGUGUAAUAUUAACGGUAGCUAUGUAAGCCCUCAUCCGAAGACGGAGUCAUGGAGAAAUUACAGCGACUGUUGUUAUUGGGAUGGUAUCAAGUGUGAUGCCAAUUCUGGGAAAGUUAUCGAGCUAGACCUGAGUUGCAGCUGCCUCCACGGCAGUUUCGUUGGUGAAAUCCCAUCUUCUUUUGGUGGUUUGAACCAGUUGACUGAUUUGGAUAUUGAGUCCAAUAAGCUCAGUGGAACGCUUCCUCCAAACUUCACCUCACUCUCCAACUUGAGGUACUUUUUCGCAAAAGACAACACUUUCGUUGGACCCUUUCCUUCUUUGACCAUUAUUGAUUUGGGUGAUAACAACCUCAACGGCACUCUUGAGUUUGAGAAUAUAUCUUCACCAUCUCAGCUACAAGAUUUAUCCCUUGAAAAUAACAACUUGAGAGGGCCAAUCCCGAGAUCUAUUUCCAAAUUAGUCAAGCUUUAUUAUCUUGACCUUUCCCAUUGGAACACCCAAGGCCCAGUUGACUUCAGUAUCUUCUCACAUCUCAAGUCGCUCCAAAAGCUUGACUUGUCCCAUUUGAACACCACAACUACGAUUGACUUGAAUGCAAUCUUAUCAUAUUUCAAGUCACUGCAAAUAUUAUAUCUCUCAGGCAACCAUGUUUUAACAAGGAGCAAAAGUUCAGUCUCACAUCCUCCUUCGCAAUGGAUAGACUCUUUAUCCUUGUCAGGCUGCGGUAUCACCGAGUUUCCAGAGCUUCUAAGAACCCUUGAGCAUCUGAAGCGGCUAGACAUUUCCAACAACAAAAUCACAGGUCAAGUGCCUCGCUGGCUGUGGACACUACCAGAGCUGAGCUAUGUGAAUCUUUCCAACAAUACUUUCAUCAGUUUCGAAAGAUCAACAAAACACGGACUAUCCUCUGUCUUGAAGUACUUGUUUGGCUCUAAAAACAAUUUCACAGGAAACAUUCCUUCUUUCAUCUGCGAGUUUCGCUCUCUAAGCAUUCUCGAUUUGUCAAACAACAACUUCAGUGGUUCUAUCCCUCUUUGCAUGGGAAAUCUCAAGAGUGAUCUUUCAGUUCUAAACCUUUGUCAGAAUCAUCUUAGCGGUGAUCUUCCGGAGAGUGUAUUUGAAAAUCUAAGAUCACUUGAUGUCGGUCAUAACCAGUUGGCGGGAAAGCUUCCAAGAUCUUUGAUCCAUUUCUCUAAUCUUGAAGUUCUUAAUGUGGAAAGCAACAGAAUCAACGACACGUUUCCCUUCUGGUUGAGUUCUCUACAAAAGUUGCAAGUUCUAGUCUUACGCUCCAACGCAUUCCAUGGACCCAUACGCAAGCCUCGUUCCUUACGUGAAAAUCAUCGACAUAUCCCAUAA